GAGAUUUCGAGAUUACUAUUUUCAGAACAAGGUAUCUAUCUCGGUUUUAUUUCAAGCGUCAAUGAUCUCUCGGUGAAAAAGUGAUAUUUUAUAUAUUUUCAGUGUAAUCGGAUUGGUCUGUUUGGUGCUGUUGUCACGAGGAAUGUGUGAAAUAUACUCUACGUUGAAGCAAAAUCUUUGUUGAACAUGAAAAUGAAGGAGGGAGUUGAAAUUCAGCAGAUGAUGGCGGUGGAGAGCUGUUUGUGCACCUUUCAGUGCAUGCGACUGAGGAUCGUCUAAGCAUAAGGAUAGCAACAGAAUCGUGCAUGUGUUCUUUCAGGCACUCUAAACAAUAUCGUAAUUCGUAAAACCUGAAAAAUCUUUGUAUGCAGUUGGCUACAAGUUGUGUCGUCGAAUUUUGUAGUGUGCAUUGUCAUUAAACCGGCGGACGAUAAAGCUCAACUUCAUCUUUUAUAUGGAAUUUGGCAUGCGACUUAUGAAGCUUUUCUUAAUGUACUGUUCAUUGAAUGUUACACCAGGCGCAAAUAAGGGUUGACCUGGAAUAAUAAAACGACGCAUGCGUAGAAAAGUAAAGUGUUGUGCGUAAAGAAUCUUAUCGGAAAGAACUGUUUGCAUCAUAGUUAGUUACUUUUCACAGCUGAACUGAAAAACGAUCCAAUUUAAAUUAUGGAACAAUUCACUCGUCGCGUACUGUAAAUAUCUGCUUCCCAAGACAAGUUGUGAAAGGUUAUAGGAAGUGCACGAUAAGACAACAUGUCUUCGGGUACGUUUGUGGAUAGAAUAGAUCCGUUUGCGAAGCGUUCCUUAAAGAAGAAGACUAAAAAAUCGCAGGGCUCAUCGAGAUAUCGGAAUUCGGCAGAUUUAGAACUACAGCCCCUCCCUCUUCUAAAAGAUGUCCCUUCAUCAGAACAAGAGGAACUCUUUAUUCGCAAAUUACGCCAGUGUUGUGUGGCAUUUGACUUUAUGGAUCCUGUGGCCGACCUGAAAGGAAAAGAGAUAAAGCGAGCAACCCUCAAUGAACUUGUUGACUAUAUCACUGCAGGUCGGGGUGUCCUCACAGAACCAGUAUACCCAGAGAUUAUAAAGAUGAUCUCUGCCAAUCUCUUCAGGACACUUCCGCCAAGUGAAAACCCUGAUUUCGAUCCAGAAGAAGAUGAUCCCACGCUGGAAGCAUCGUGGCCACAUUUACAGCUGGUAUACGAGUUUUUCCUGAGGUUUUUGGAGUCGUCCGAUUUUCAGCCAACUAUUGGAAAAAAGGUCAUAGACCAAAAAUUUGUACUUCAGCUGCUGGAUUUGUUCGACAGUGAAGAUCCUCGAGAACGAGAUUUCCUUAAGACUGUGCUUCAUCGUAUAUAUGGCAAAUUUCUUGGGCUCCGUGCAUUUAUUCGUAAACAAAUAAAUAACAUCUUCCUAAGGUUUGUCUAUGAAACUGAACACUUCAAUGGAGUUGGUGAGCUACUUGAAAUUCUAGGAAGUAUCAUCAAUGGAUUUGCACUGCCACUGAAGAAUGAGCACAAGCAGUUCCUUGUUAAAGUGCUACUACCACUUCAUAAAGUAAAAUGUCUCUCUCUCUACCACGCGCAGUUGGCUUAUUGUGUUGUGCAAUUCCUGGAAAAAGAUGCUACCCUUACAGAACCUGUGGUGAAGGGGUUACUGAAGUUCUGGCCUAAAACCUGCAGUCAGAAAGAGGUAAUGUUUCUUGGAGAAAUUGAAGAAAUUUUAGAUGUUAUUGAACCAACACAAUUUGCGAAAAUACAGGAGCCACUUUUUAGACAAAUUGCAAGAUGUGUUUCCAGCCCUCAUUUUCAGGUUGCUGAGCGUGCUUUGUACUUCUGGAACAAUGAAUACAUCAUGAGUUUAAUAGAAGAACACAACAAUGUGAUAAUGCCAAUAAUGUUUCCAGCUCUGUACCGAAUAAGUAAGGAACACUGGAAUCAGACUAUUGUGGCCCUUGUGUACAAUGUGCUCAAAACAUUCAUGGAGAUGAAUAGCAAGUUGUUUGAUGAGCUCACAGCUUCAUAUAAAGCUGACAGGCAGAAUGCACCAGACCAAACUUUGGCCAAUAACAAAUGAUUAAUGACGAGAUUGAGGUUUGCAGCGUAUCGAAGGGAAAAGAAGAGAGAAAAAGAAAGAGAUGAGCUGUGGAAAAGGCUUGCAGAACUGGAGGUGAAUAAUAAAGUAAAAAAGAAAUAACCCUAACAUGAUUAAGUGAUGUACUAUAAAGAAGAAUCAUAGAACUUUAUUUGCUGUUAUAUUUGUUGUGUGAUGAACGUGUGUGGUGGCCAGACUAAAAGCUCUCGGUGAUUGUCAGUGUUAGUCUGGUAGAGCAAAUGAGAAAAGCAGCAGCCAGAUUGGUGCUAAGCUAAAUUUGUAAGAAUGUGAUUACUUCAGCUUCUAACUUGUCUUGAGAGUUGGGAACAUGAUGUCAGAAGCUAGAAGCAGCAAGACUGGGCGGGCGGGAUUAUUGUUCACCUCUGUGUGUACCUCCAAACCCAGAUAAUUCUUAGCGGAUAAACUGAAUAUUGAUGUGCAUCCACCAAGUGCUACUGUUCUGCACAAAUUGUUGGCAUUUCCACUGACUGAAAUCUUAAUAAAUAUUAAAUAUAUUUGAUGAGAUAUUGUAUAGCAUGUAUACACUUAAAAAUGCCUCAGAAAAUAAAUCUGCAACAAAAUUAAUGUGUAAAUCAAAAGUUUUAUUUAAGUGUGCUUGUAGGCAAUUUGUUUACUUUUCAGAUGAUUGUAAAUUCAUCAGUGCUUCUCCUUUCUGUUUAAAGUUCUGUUUUCUGAUUUUUUCCCCCUAAAAUCCAAAUAGUCAAAGUUUCACUGUUUAUUUUUGUGAUGUUGGAGUAGAUAUUUAUGGUAAUACAGCAUUAAAGAAAACAGUUUUUGCCUAUAUGACCUGUCAGUCUUUUAUAAAAGAUAUCGACUGAGCCUUCGGAUGUGUGGAGCAGGCUUUGGGUGCCCCUUUUUUUAUUUCUGAAAUGAAUUCUUUCACAUUUUUCCAUUCCCUCCCCCUAAAAAAUAACUUUGUGUGAAACAUUACCUGCCAACAUCUUUGAAAUUGUAAUAUUUGUAAAUGAUCAGAAUUUUGUAAGUGCUAAUUGUUUUUGGAAAAGAGAGUGGAUGACUGCACAUUAUUUAUUUAUUUAUUUAUUUUGAAGAGCUGAAUUUGUAAGGUAAUAUUGGACAAUUUUUUCCAGUCUGCUGCUGAGUGACUGUAAUGUCAUAGUAUUAGCAAUCACAUUGUUGUUCAAAUAUUAAAAAAGUAUAUAUGUAUAUUCCACGAAAGAACUGUAUUCAUCAGUCACCUAGUUGUUGGACACUUAUUAGUUUAAUAAAGAAAUGCUUAAUGUUUUACUGGAAUUGUUCUGUCAUUCUGUAAUAUUAUCAAUUCCAGAAUUGUGUAUGAGGCUUGAACAGAUGCUAGCAUUAUGUGGAUUCUCAUAAUUGUUUUAUAGUGGUCGCAAAAUGAAAUUUAAGCUGUUUUUAGAGUUCACAGGAUAAUUUUAGAUUGUUUUCUUGUAAUAUAAUGAUUUAUUAUUCUUGUUUUCUUUUUCUUUUGUAAAAAUUUCACUUUAUCAUUGUUCAGUAUACCUGUAGCAGGUAAUGUUUAUUCUGUUGAGCAGGAUAAAACAUUUCGAGGCAGGACCUCUUUGAUGUUAGUUAUGCUUAAAAUAGCAUUCCAAUCGAAUAAUGGAAUUCACAAACCCGUCACGCCCUGCUCUUUGUAGCAAUGAAUAAAUGGUAUUUGUGCAGGUACCUUGAAAGUGAUUAAGAAAAUUUGGGAUCAUUUAUAUGCCUUUGAUUUCAUGAGGGAUAACAUUUGUUAAUCUAAACAGAUAUGUGUCGGUAUUUAUUAUGCAAAGACUGAUGAAAGGGUUACAGUAAGCAGUAAUGAAAGUUGUGGAGCUCCUGUCAGUCAGGCUUCUUAUUGUGCCAGAGCCCACGAAUGUUACUAAAAUGGGCAAAUUUAUCAGAAUUUAAUCACUAGUCUUAGAAAUAACAAAUUAUAACAGAUGCUACUGAUACUGCCAUUUGCAAAAGCAAAGCUAUCAGUCUCACACUGUAAAAGGGUGCACACAGUAGUCAUGUUUAGGCAGCAGCCCCAUACAUUAUACAUGUGUAGGUGUGGGUUUAACAAUUUCACUUGAUUAUUGUAAUACAUAAGUAUCAUGAUUCUUCUCAAGUGCAUUGCUUUUUGUUCAGCUUCUAGUGUCCAAACAUGGUUUUAUUCCAAAUUAGAAAAAAUACAAAUUUCAUGUGCUUUUUCUUGACCAUAUCUUUGAUACUUGAACACUAUUUUGUGGGAAACAUCAUGUGAUUGAUCAUGCAUUCAGUUUUCACAUGCCAUGGUAUAGGACAAAUACUUUUCAAUUAUGAACUGAGAGCAGUUGUCAAAAAAAAAAGUAAAUUCUGCAAUUACUAAAUCAGAUUGUGUCUUCUAACUCUUCAGGAAUGAUUUGCACGUGUUGAGUAGCCAAAGAUGAUAAAACAAAACAAAAAAAUUGGUUAUGUGAAAGAUUUCCAUGAAUUAAAACAGCUGCUAACUUGAUACUUACAUUUUCAGUUAAUAAAAACCAAUUCUUAUUUGUGAGCAGUGUCAAUAUGUAAACAGUUUGAUAGUGCAUAAUAUUUGUACCUAUCAGUCUACCUUAAUUUCCAUUGUAUAGGUGAUAGAGUUAAAUAUCAUACAUAAUCAUAAUUUUGCUGUGGAAUUAUUUAAAAACAUGGCGGCAUAGGCACCUACCCAAGGCCCCCCCCCCUCCCCCUGGUUACGCCUUAAUAUUCACUACCGCCCCCCCCACACACAUGACCCCAAUGUAAGACUCAAAGCAUGUUCUGUUGUUUGAAACAACAGAAUAUCUUCCAUUUGGCUCCUGUUUCUCUUCUUAUUUUCACCACUAGACAGGUUGAGUUAGAAGUGCUCUUUUCUUUUUUUCUCCCUCUUUUUAUAAAUGUUGUGAUUCUCACUGCAAUUUACACAUCGUCAGUUUCUUAUUUAUUGUCCCCUUCGUACAGGAAUGUGUAAGAUACCAUGUUGAUGAUGACUGAAUUAUCAGAUACAGAAAAACUGAGGAAACCAGCAUGUCAGCCAUGUUCAAUAAGAGGGAAAUUAAUGGACCUGUAAUAUGUGAGGUCUGGUUUUGACCAUGAAGUGACACUGUCAACAACAAUCAUUUCAGCACUCUUAUGUGCUGGCAAAUACCUUGUCUUUUUUGGGUAGAGCAUUUGGUUAGAGAGAGAGAGACUGUUUUUGCAUACUCAGUUAUUCCCAUCGUUGGUUUUAUUGCCUCAUUUUAUAGUUGCUAUGUGUAUAGUUCUAAAAAUAUGUUCCUACAAAAUUCCUGUACAGAAAAGAUGUUCUAAAAAUCUAAAAAUUCAAAGUGACUGAUGAGGUUGCAGGUUUUAUCUUUUGAUAAAAAGGAGAAACUUUUGGCUUUGAUAUGACAAGAGUCCCAGUUCAUAAACAGAAUGUAUUGUUUGGUAAUGUAACAGUUUGAUUUUGUAAAUGAUGCACUUAUGCAUUUGUAAACUAUUCCCAUGCACAGUGAACCAUACACUCUGAAGGCCAGUGGAAGUUUAUAAAGUAUGUGAGCCUGUACUGUGAAAUGUGAUAAAUGUUAAUGGGACAGUUUUGUCACAGAGCAAAACCAGAGAUUUAUCAUGAGUACUAUAUAGAUUUUUUUAACAUUUCACAUUACAAGGCAUUAAAGAAAUCACAAAACAUUUUAUUCUUGUUUCCAGCUUAUCAUUACAAAACAUAUAAAACAUAUGGUGUAUUUUGUUGUAAUUUGCUGUGAUUCAUAUUUUUGUGACGAUCACAAAACUUCCGCACAUACGUAUUUGUGUGUGUGUGUGUGUGUGUGUGUGUGUGUGUGUGUGUGGGAGAGAGAGAGAAUUAAAGUGUGCUUGUACACACAAAUUUUGUUUUGUGUAUCUGUUGUAUUAAAGUUAAUUACAGAAAUCACAUGUUUUAAAGUUGUCUCCAGGAUUUAACAACAGUUAUUAAUUCAUGAGUAAUAAUGAUGUGUAUGUAUUUUACUUCUGAAUUUGUUGAAUGUUUUUAUUGUGUGCAUGCAAGGAUGUAAGAAUUCAACUCGUUUUUGCUUUGUGAGACUGUAAUAAUUGUGUUCUGUAAUGAGGAAGAGUAUUUCUUGCACAUAAUGUCAUUUCUUAGUUUUAAUACCUCCACAGAGCUGUUUACUAACUUUAUAUACAGCUGAUUGAAACCUGAAUGCAUAUUGUCACAUGUUUACUAUGGGCGUUAAAAUACUGCCAUUCUGUAGACUCGUGUCAACUGAAGCUAAUAAAUGUUGACACAUUUACCCAACUAUCCUGUGCCAAAUCACAGAUGACCAUAUAUAUCAGUUACUUUGCAUAACAUAGGAUAAUUCAUACUUGAUUUAAAUUUUUGUAUGCUGUAUUUGCCUAGACCUCAGCUGGUACAAACUAAAUGUUGAAAUGUCUACGUGGUUGCCUAAAAAAAAAGAGACAGAAGGAGAAAGAGAGAGAUAAAUAUAUAUGGGUAAAAGAAUGCAUUUUUAAGGAAUUGAGUGCUGCAGAGGUGAUGUACAUCAGUAAUUUCUUGACUGUUUAUAUGCCACAUCCCUUUUGUAGAGAAGUGAGAUGUACCUAAAUAAUGUGUAAUUGAAGAAAGUUGUCUUUCUCAGGACAUUUCCACAUAAACAGAACUUGUUACAGAAGCAAAACAACAACUAGUGCUGUUAAUCCACUUUCUCGCCAUUGUUGCAUGUUAGAAACCCUACCCCCAGAUCCAGCAGUGUUAUUUUAUAUGUAAAUAAUGUGCAUCAGUGAGAACAUAUACUUUCCCAUUUCUUCCCUCCAGAUUUGAGAAAUAACGGAUCUGAUGGAAAAUGCCUUUUAUAGGAAUCUGAAGUGUCAUGGAAACUAUUAGUAUGUAUAUUGCAUUGAAACCAAAUUUUAAAUGAAUAAAGAGUUGCAACUUGUGCUGUA